UGCUUCUUACUACGAUUUUCUCUAUCGUUCUCCAUUAUCUAUCAUGUUUUGUUCCCAACAUUUCGUUGUCCUCAAUCGUGACUGCCAUGACACAGUCAUAGUAGGGUUCUGUUUUACCUUCAUCCAGACCGUGUUGCUGUCGCGCACGCGGCGCGUGCGGCUUCUGCUCUGUGAGUGCCGGCUACGCUGGAACUGUUUGAAGCUCGGUUGCUUCGUGUAGGGCGUGUAGAAUGUGUCCACCAGGAAGCUACAUUUGCGAUUGAAACAAAGGAGAGAAGUCUGCAUGUCAUCUACUGUGUAGCCUUCUGGUAUGGCACGUCCGUCUUAGCGGGUGGAUACGUGUUUCCACCUUUCCACCUGGAUCCCAAAUAGAUGGUGCGGUAAUUUCGCCCCCGGGAGAUACGAUGGAAGCAGCCGUAAUGGCUGCGCUGCAACAGCGCCCUUCCCUACAUGCGGUGAUCGGCACGCCGCGGCCUCCUUUUACUGGUGGUGGCCGCGCGCUCUUCUUCCACGCCCUGUCAACAGUGGGUUAGCAGCUCCCCAGCUCGGCCACCAAGCUCGGCUCACGAAACGCGCCCUGCAUCGGACCCUCGGUACGCGUGACGGUUUUAAGGCAGGGGAUGCGCACGCUUGCGCUGGAUGCUGCUCCUGGCCAGCGCGUGCUGAUCGCGGGAGUGGUGGUGAUGCGGCAGCGACAGUGUGUGUGCCUCGGUGUGAGAAAGGUGGGUAGCCCGUUGUGUGAGCCGUUACUUGCAUUAUUUUCUUUCCUCCCAGGUCAUCGGCUACAUCUUAUAGAAUUCUUUUUCGCUUCUUUCGCGGCUUGUUUCCAUUCUUUUCCAAGAUGUCCGACUGGGACCCUGUUGUCAAGGAGUGGCUUGUUGACACAGGCUACUGCUGCGCAGGCGGCAUCGCCAACGUAAGCGCGGAGGACGGUGUUGUGUUCGCCGCGGCGGCUGAUGAUGAUGACGGAUGGUCCAAGCUGUACAAGGAUGAUCAUGAGGAGGACACUAUCGGAGAGGAUGGCAACGCGUGCGGCAAGGUGUCGAUCAACGAGGCCUCCACGAUCAAAGCUGCAGUUGACGAUGGCAGUGCCCCUAACGGUGUUUGGAUUGGCGGCCAGAAGUACAAGGUUGUCCGACCUGAGAAAGGAUUCGAGUACAACGACUGCACCUUCGACAUCACCAUGUGUGCACGGUCCAAGGGUGGCGCGCACUUGAUCAAGACCCCGAAUGGCUCUAUCGUCAUUGCCCUUUACGAUGAGGAGAAGGAACAGGACAAGGGAAACAGCAGGACUUCGGCAUUGGCCUUUGCCGAGUAUCUUCACCAGUCUGGGUACUAACUUGUCUGCUUUGUUUGUAACGGAACUUGAGCGUGGUAAUCGUCCAGAAUUAGCGAUUUUGAAGACCGUGUCUAUUGUGGGUGACGCACUAUCGACCUUCGGAAGUGCUUUCGUAUGUUGAGCAUCUCUUUCAGCCCCUGGUGGCUCAACUCUUUGCCUGCGACCUGUUCCGUAAGCAUGUCGUUGCUCAGAUCCCCUCUGAGAGUGCCAGAACUCUUUGCGCGGUCACCGCAGAUUCUUCAUUUGAGUGAGAUGUGCCACGGCACUCAUAUUAGGUGCAGCAGCGAAUUCGUUAUUAACGAUGUACGCAAGUGCUAGGGAUGCAUCCUCGGCUCGGUUUCAUACACCGUUUUGUUUUUCGGGCACGCAGCAAAGAACAUAUCCAAAAGGGCGAAGGCAAACGAACUACGGUUCCGAGUUUUUUUAGGCUUAUAGUGCUAGUUCUGAGGCAAACCCAAUCAGUCAGUACACCCGGCGGUGAAAAGGCGAUUUAGGUCCAAUUGUAUGCCAAUACAAGGGUGUUAGUCACUCAUGACCCCGUUGGCGGUCCAUGUGUUAAAGUGAGUUGGCGAUGGUUGCAGCUUCUGCCUUUGUCAGUCCACCCCCUCAUGGGUCGCUUCGGCUCAUCAGUGCCUCUCCAGAAUGCUUAAAUCUCAGAAUCCUUAACCGCCAACGGUUAUGUUGAUCCAAACUGGAUAGCGCUGCUGUAGUACGGAUAGACACUCGAUGCAGGUAGAUUGAUCUUACCCUGACGAGAGAAAGUGUGUGUCUCCGAAUCACGUGUUUCCAACCGGUUAUGACCCUAGCUCCAGAAAGUGUUUCUGUCGAAGUAUCUCACAAAAGCGUAGGUGGUACGCUUGAGUAUCGCAGCAGUGAUCUAGAUUGGGGUCGCCUGUGUAACGCAAUCAGUCUCUUUUUUGAGCUUUCGUCUACCGCGCCGUGACGUUAGCUCGCCUCGUGUCCGUCUUGCAUGGGGUUUUCCACGAACCAUGAUUCCUUGCAAGAAUCAGGCGCCGCGUAGCUUGAAUGGGGUAGUAUAUUGCUCAACGUUUUUUGUGCUCCCGCAAUGGCAAGAAGACGUGAUGCCUCGUUAGGGGGGCAGCGCCGCGCGCCUUCGCUUUGACAUAUGUCGUGUCGAAUUUGCGUAUUGGCGAUGUUACACAGCCACAAUGCGAUGAGGGCUCAGUCGUGGUCUUGCAUGCCUCUGGGCAGGCCAUUUGAAGGUGAGUACUUUCCAGCUUAUGAGAAGGCUAGGGACCCGCCUGAUACCCUAUGUUCGUAGUGCGCAAUCUUUGGCUGCAGGAAAAGGCCACAGUUCAGGUCGUGAAUGUGGGCAGAUAACGUCAACUCUCAAUCUGAAGGAUACACG